AUGCUUUGCUUGCCAGCCGGGGUUUUCACCGAAGAGGAGUUGAGCGGGUUUCAGAUCGAUGGUUAUCCAGGGAUUUUCGGCCCCCACUUCGUUACAUCAGUGGCUGCUGUUUCGGUGGCGGGUCGCGAGUUCAAGACGGCCGUCUCUUGCCUGCUCAUCGACGUGGCCGCCGAGGGCAUCGACAGGCUGCAGGUGGAUCCUUUUCCCGACCUCGAGCUCAAGGUGUUUGGCACCCAGCGGCUGCAAAGUGUAUGGCCUCAUCGUCUCCGUGUUGUCGAAGCUUUGGCUGGCUUUCUGGACGGCGAGGCCGCAGACUUGUCCGACCGCUUGGAUGCAUACUUCACUUGCGGUUCCGACGGCGAAGCGCUCCUUGCUCAAACACCGUUGGCUCCCGUGGCGGCGGAGGUUGCCCAGAACGAUGCCGAGGCCCUUGCGAGUUUCAACGCCAGGCUGCGCACCUUGGAGACGCCAGCGGCAGCGGCACCUGCAGCAACACCAGCUUCGGCUAUCGCCGCGGCUCCGGCAGGCGGUGGGGUGCCACAGUGGGCGCCCCAGCUCUUCAGCGAAGGCGCCAAGGCUCAACUUCAGGAGGAGCAGCUUCAGCGACUAUUGCAGCUGGCCGGGAAGGGGCCGCAGAGAUUGGGCGAUUUGGCGGGACCCGCCAAUGCAGCUGCGAAGCCGGGGGCUGCCCAGCUUUACCUAGGAGCUGGGGCCAAGGCUGCCCCUGCCCCGCCUCCUGUGGGAGGUGUGGGGCCGUUGGCCGAGGAUGUCGAGGAGGACGAAGACGACGAGGUUGCCGCGGGCGAGGGCGGUGCACUGGCGAAGGUCCUCAGCCAGCAGACCAAGCUCCUAGCAGCUCUUGUUGCCAGCACCACCAAGAAGACCUCGGAUCCCUUAAGCAUUCUCGGCGGCAGCGGUGCAGACGAGGAGACGAAGGUCCCGGGCAUUCGCGGCAUGGCGGCACGGCAGCUGCUGAAGGAUCAAAUCCAGAGGGACCCCUUGAAGGUCUAUCAGAAAGUGCGCGAGAGAUUGGCUCAGGCCAGGCGGAAGAGCAACACGGCUGCUCUAGAACCUCGGGACAUGUUCUAUCACUUCCAGGAUGUUGUCCCCCUCGGCCACUACAAGACCCUCACCUACUUUGCCUUCCUCCUUUGCGACACUUGGGAAGCCAUGGAGCAGGGCAGGUCCGAGGAAGUCAUGAGCUUGAUCAGUCUCGGGCUCGUGUUCGCCGAGCAGGUUGCCAACGAAGGCGGGGCCACUCGUUUGGGGUGGCUUUUGAUAUUUCGGGACGACCCACCGUUCAGUUUGGUGGAGCAGCGGCGGGCGCCAAGGAGCGAGGUGCCUCAUGGGCUCCUGGCCUAUCCGAGAUGGGUUACAGCCAACCUAGCGUACUUGAAGGAUGAGAUCCAAAGGGCGGCCGUGGAGGAAAGCGCGGCCAGAAGGGGAAGGAUCCACCAGAGCCGGCGGCGUGAGCCGUCCCUCCUGAGCCCCGACCUUUGGCCUUGCCAGCUCGCACCACCGUUGGCUGUCCCUAGGACCAAGCUUGGUGGUCCACCCUUGGCGCGGUGGCAUCGCCGGCACUAUAUCAGGCACGUUACUCGCCACAUUGUUGCAGCGAAUAACUGGCUGGUGUUGGGCAAGCCCGCUUUAUCACCCGCAGCCUUGCCGCCUUUGAGCACUUCCCAAACUGCUAUGCUUGGCAGGUUGGAGGCAAUGGCCUCUACGUGGAUCCGCUUGGGGUCCGGCCCCAAACGCGGACUUGAUCGGUCCGUUCAGAACUUCGACAGCGUUCAUUUGCAGCUCGAAGAAUUGCAACACAUGAGCGCUCAAUUAUUCUCUCAGAUGCAGCCUUAUUCGAAAGCCGGCCGAGGUGGUACAGCAGCUGCCGCUUCUGAGUCGGAAACCGCUUUCCCAGCCAAUGUGGCAAAGGCCAAGCUCGCAACGACCAGUAAGCCCAUCGAGCCCUCCCGUCUCAACUUUGAGGAGGCCCCUAGGUUUCACGCUGAGAAGUUCCUCACGGACCCACUGUUGCGAGCUGGCUUUAGAGAUCCCCGAGUAUUUCGCAGGCACGAGAAUGAGUGGCCCCGACCUAAGGUUGGCCGACAGCUCUACAAGAAGUGGGACGAUGUCGAGUGUUUGCAUUUGAUACCUGCUGCUUCUUCCGAAUAUCGGUAUCGUUGUGGGCUGUUCAGUGUCUAUAAGAGCGACGUCCUCGACAGGCAGAUUUUGAACCCCAUUCCCGAGAACUCGCGGUCCUACUCUGUCUCGGAGGCAACCUUUACACUCGCUCAUUCGAGUUUGCUCUGCGGCAUUUACAUACCGCCAUACCAGAACCUGGUGAUCAAUUCAGAUGACUUCAAAGACUUCUAUCAUGGGUUCGUUGUAACAGACCAACAUGCUGCACGUAACCAUCUUCAUGGAGUUUUUCGAGGUUCUGAUUUUGCAGGAUGGCGUUGCUACAAUGCUGAUUUGCACAAUGUUCCAGUCGUGGGGUAUUUUAGGACGUUGGCUAUGGGUACGAACUAUGCAGUGGAAAUAGCGCAGCACUCCCAUGAGACCCUACUCCGUCGAGCUGGAUGUCUAGCUGAUCAUGAAAGGGUCGCCUAUAAGCGCGUCCUCCCUCGCGGCCCCGGGUUCGACCUGUUAUGCAUAGAUGAUCACAUCUACCUACUUCUGGUGCCGUGCAGUGAAGCCGGGAGGGAGCCGUCGCCGAGUCGAAGGGAUGCCCGCCUUUUGCACUCUGCUGCUGCAGCAUAUAUCGCUUCUGGAUUGCGAGCCUCCCCAAGGAAGGCUGUGCGUAACUCCUAUGCCGACAUUGUGUUAGGUGGGCAGCUCGACGGCAUCCGUGGUGAUAUUGCUUCGCCACGGCUUAAAACUGCGACGCUAUGUGCCCUCACGAUGCAGAUGAUUGUGUUGGGGCACAGUACUCCUCAGUUGUUGCAAUGUAUUCUGGGGUCGUGGAUCUUUGUUCUGAUGUUCAGGCGACCAGCUAUGUGCAUCAUGACUCAGGUUUUUCACGAGGGCACAGGUCGCCGCGAGAAUGAGAUUUUCAGCCUUUCUGCCGCGGCUCGGCAAGAGCUGUUGCUGCUGGUACUUCUGGCGCCCUGUUUCCAAACCGACCUUAGGGCGAAACCUUUGGGUACAUUGUUCUGCACCGAUGCAUCACCGUUUGCAGCAGGAGUUUGUGCCGCGCGAAUUUCAACUUCAGCUUGCUUGGAACUGCUUAGGCAUGCCGACCAUAGAGGGUUUCGUACAGUGCUACUGCCUAAACUGUCCGCCUACUUGGCUGUUUUUGAAGAUUGCGACGACUCCAGUGGUCAGUCAUGCAGCAUUCCGGGCCAGCUCUCUGAGGGCAACCUUAGUCACGUUGGUCGGCAGUUAGGCCUCCGAGUUCACCCGGGUUUUGAUAUCGCAGACGGAGCCCACGGAGACAUCUUGCAGCAGCAGACCAUGCAGCACAUUAUUGGGUUGAUUGCCAGACGCGUUGUUGCCUACAUUCACCUAGGGCCUCCAUGCACGACUUUUGGCACCAUGUUUCGGCCUCGUUUGCGCUCUAAAGCUCAGCCGUGGGGUUUCAAUGCAAAGGAUCGUGCAACGGAUCAUGGCAACAGUUGCGCAGCACGCAGUGCUUUCAUCCUACAUCUUUGCGCUGCUUAUGGUCUGCUUUGUUCCUGUGAGCAACCGCGGGGAUCUGUGAUGUUUCGUCUCAACAUCUUUGAAAGACUCAAGGGCCGAGGUUUCGUCGAAGUUGACUUUGCUUCUGCACCUACGGCUCACCGUUCAUGCAACCUUCGCG